AUGUCCGAUUUGGUGAACCGGCCGCGUUCGGAACUUACGCAGGAUGAACUUGCACAGCUGGAAGAGUUCGAGUUCAAGCACGGGCCGAUGUCGCUCAUUCAAGAAGCUAUGACAGCACGCACGCCGGUGAUAAUAUCACUUCGGAAUAAUCACAAGAUCAUAGCUCGUGUAAAGUCUUUUGAUAGACACUGUAACAUGGUGCUUGAAAACGUGAAGGAGAUAUGGAGCGAACGAGAAGGCAAGAAGAUUUCAAACAAGGAACGCUUUAUUUCCAAGCUGUUCCUGAGAGGUGAUUCCGUAAUUGUAGUACUUAAAGCGCCCCUAUAA